CUACAGCAUUCCUCCAGGAAUAGUUAUCGGACGGACCCCUUUAAAAAAGAUCUGGUAAAUACCCUCCUGAUGGAUAUUUCUCAAGAUUCUCAAACCUUCACUCAGAUUCUCCGAGAUAUAACUGAACUCGAACCGGUCGUAGGGUCUCCGGAACAAAUUGUUUACAUCCCAACGCCGACCCUGAAUUGUACGGAAAUACCUCCUAGAACGGGUGCCAUAGGGAGUCUACACGGUUUCUGUGAAGGAUAUGCCUACGAGACAAUUGUGCCCUACUCCCAGGAUGUAUUUACACAGAAGCCGCAAACAGAGACUUUAAACGGCCUGUCAACUCCCCUGACCCAGGACCGCUGGACGCCCCCUAUUAAACACCAACGGACAAUCAGGGCCCAGAUCCACAGGUCCGCUUCACCCGAACAAUACUACUGGGAGGGUAUUCACGAGACAGCGUUACAAGGACAAGGCUCACAAGCUACAGACCAGGCAGAUGCUAUAAUUAGGGUUGCCCAAAGACAUGUUCCCGAGUUCUCAGAGCUUCUUCAGAACAGCCCUCUUCAAAAAAGCCGAGACUCCUCGCCUGCUUAUAAAGACCUCCAAGAAGCUACACAUCUAGAUCCCGAGGAGGCGCCAAAGACCCCAGUCACCAGAACAGCGAAGCCUGAUGAUUUCAAAGUUUUAAAUGACAUUUCUGAGGUAGACGAUUUGAUGUUCUGUGAAGUGGCCAACCUUAUUGAAGCGGCCAAUUCUGGUGCGGCAAAAGCCUCUUGUGAAAUAGACCAAGCCGUGCUUUUCAAGGCUUUUACACAGGGUUUAAAAUCACGAAAGGCUUUACUUCAACGUCGUAUGGGUAUUCUAUUCGAACAUCAAUACAAUCAGGAUGUGUCAUUCUGGCGUAGAGAGCUUCCCCGCAUGUUAAACAACAGUAGGGUUAAAACAAGCAAAUACCUCCGUUAAAAAACACAUAUGUAAAAAAAACACAAGCACACACAUCCUUAAGUAGAGAAAUGGCGCCCCCUAUAGACCUAAGCGAGACAAUUGAAACCCUCUUAGCGGAAAUCCCUACAGAGCUCCAAGAUAUAAUUAACCAUAUGAAUGAUUCUGGGCUAAUUGACAUAGGGGCUAUAGAUGAAAACCUAUUAUCCCAGAUUCCCUCCGAACUCAUUGAAAUUAUUACACGUAUGAAUGAGUCAGGGUCUGCAGAUGAAAACAGGUUAUCACAGAUACCCGAAUCAAUCAUAUCUUUAAUUACCCAGAUGAACGAGAGCCCAAGGUUUAAUUCUGCACCCCCUACACCUCUAAGCCAUCCUUUAACACCCUUGUUCGAAGAGGAAACCCAAUACGAUGUUUUUGAACAGCUGAACAAAUGUCUAUCAAAUCUGGAUCGGGAAGGUCUUGAUCACAAUGUACAGAACGAAAGCCCUAGGUUUAAUUCUGCACCACCUACACCUCUAAGCCAGCCUUUAACACCCAUGUCUGAAGAGUCUGAAACCCAAUACGAUGUUUUUGAACAGUUGGACGAUUGUCUAGCAAAUCAGGAUGGGGAUGGUCUUGAUCGCAGUGAACAUGUUUUGUAUCGAAAUAAAUUCCACAAUAUUGAGGUUCGACAGUUUUUCAAUUUCGCAUGGGGGGGUCAGAUUCGGGAAUAUGCUGUGUUUUACGUAAUGCUUAUGGACACUUUGAAUGAACUGGUAGAUAGAGUUAGAGCUUAUAGCCAACCAAGGGAUACCUUACAGUUGGAAAUUUUAGGAGACAGUCUGCAGAGCCGUGUGUCGCUUAUUUUAAAUAGGGGUGAAGCAGAUCUUGAACAAUUUGUUAACCUGCUAGAACGCCUUGUUCAGUCAAAUUUAAACGUGCUAGCAGAUAGGACCCUCGAACUUGUAGUACAAUUAGUCCGGCCACCCCAAGGAGGCGGCGGGCAGAGACGUAAACUCGAUAGCCUGAUGCAGUCCGAAAUCAUAAGCAAUAAAAAGGCCUACCUCAUAAUCGUUCACAAUCAUGGUAAUAAGCUAUGCUUUGCCAUAGGUUUGGCCCACUUACUCAGCCCAGGAUGUACAGAGCGCGAAGCGUUACAGAAAGCUCAAGAGCUACAAAAGGCUGUGGGUUUAGGUAUACAGGAUGCUGUGGCUUUCUCAGACAUAGGCAAAUUUGAAAACUUUCUGAAUAUCAAGAUUGUGGUUUUGUACCACAGCAGGGCUAAUGACGCGCUCCUGAAGUUCCAAAAUAUACAAGAGCCACACCCUAAGACUAUGUACUUUUAUGUGCAAAAUGAGCAUUACUAUGCCGUAACUAACAUCACAGCAUUUUUAGGCGCCCCAUAUGUCUGUCCAGCCUGUCAUACCGGCUACACCCGCAAGGGGGGGCACUCGUGCCGUUAUAACUGUUCAGUAUGUCUGGAUAAACAUUGCCCUAUGCAACCGCUAAACUUGACACCCUGUGAGGAUUGUCACCGCACAUGUCGUUCAGCCUACUGUUACGAAAAACACAAAACUGAAACAUGGCACCCCAAGGCCUGUAAAUCUGUAAGCAUUUGUGACAUUAACAAGAAAUGUCCAAAAUGCCAUUGCAAUUACAACCUUAAAAUAGACAGCCCUAAACCCCAUGUUUGUGGAAUCAUACAUUGCCCAAUCUGUAAAGGGCCCUUGAAAAGCAGAGACGCAGAAGUUGUUCAAGAAGUACCACAUGAGUGCUACAUUCAGCCCCUGGCUGAAGAUGAACAUACAGAGAAAUAUGUUUUUUAUGAUUUUGAGACAAAUCAGCAAUCAGGGGUUCACUUGCCUAUUUUUGUAUCUACCAUGACUUUCAACGGUGAAAAGUGGUCGGCCGAGGGGCCCGAUUGCGCCCGACUCUUUCUAAAACAUUUUAGAAAGGCCCAGUACAGAAACUUCACGUUUAUAGCACACAAUGCGCGCGCCUAUGACUCCUAUCUGCUUCUGAACCCUUUGAUACAGCAAGGCGUGGCGCCCAGUGUCAUUGCUCAAGGGAGUAAAAUCUUAUGUUUUGUUGACCACGCCUUCAAACAGAGAUACAUUGACAGUUUAAGCUUCUUACCCAUGAGAUUGGCUCAAAUGCCAGAGGCCUUGGGUUUUGAAAACUCGGUCAAAGGCUAUUUCCCCCACUUCUUCACAUCUGACGAGAAUCUACAUUAUAUAGGAGCUUAUCCAGCCCCCGAAAUGUACGGUUGUGAUCAAAUGUCUACCAAAGAGCGUGAGAAAUUCAUGACUUGGUACGAGACAGUAAGACAUGGAACUUUUGAUUUUCAUAAAGAGAUGGAAUCAUACUGUGACAAUGACGUGGUUAUACUACGUGAAGGAUGCCUCAGAUUCCGAGAAGAGGUAAUCAAAGAUGCAGGCAUUGACCCCUGGAGCUGUACAACUAUUGCAUCCGCGUGCAUGAAAACCUAUCGUACACACUAUCUAACUCCAGCCUCUAUAGCGAUCCCAUCGCCAGACAACUACCGACGACAAUUCAAGGCCUACUCUAGUGGCUCCAUUCAAUGGUUGGAGUACCUAGCCCAGGAUAAAAAUGUUUUUAUCCAACAUGCUUUGAAUCGGGGCGAGAAGGCUUUUGGGCCUUACCAUGUAGAUGGAUACACACAGAUUGACGGUGUUGAGACAGUGUAUGAGUACAACGGUUGUUUCUUCCACGGUUGUAAAUUAUGCUUUGUCCCCCAGGCCAUGUGUGUCCUAACCCAAAAGACUUUUGGGGAAAUGUACCAAGAGUUCCAAGACAAACUGAAUUCUUUAAAGGCUACAUACGGGUUAAAAGUGGUGGUUUUGUGGGAACACGAAUGGACAGCCCUGAAAAAGGCGGAUCCUCAUGUUCAGGCCUUCCUUACCCAAUAUGACCCUCCAGAGCCCCUGGAACCGAGACAGGCCUUGUUUGGAGGCAGGACCAAUGCUUUGACAUUGCGUUAUGUAGCUCAACCCGACGAGACAAUAGGUUAUGUAGAUUUUACAUCCCUAUAUCCUCAUGUAAUGAGUUCCUCAUGCUAUCCUAUAGGGCAUCCUGAAAUUAUUCACAGCGACUUUGACGAACCCCAAAAUUAUUUUGGUUUAAUCAAAGCGACUGUCUACCCUCCUAGGGGUCUGUUUAUACCUGUGCUGCCUUACAAGGGGUCUAAAGGAAAACUUUUCUUUCCCCUUUGUCGCACAUGCUGUGAAAACAACAACCAGGAAAACCCAUGUGAUCACUCAGAUCAAGAAAGAGCCCUGACAGGUGUCUGGGUCACCGUUGAAUUCUCUAAGGCUUUGGAGAAGGGGUAUCGUGUGGCCAAAAUCUUUGAAGUGUGGAACUUUUCCAGGAAAUCAGACACACUUUUUAAAGAGUACAUCAAGACCUUCUUGAGAUGCAAGCAGAUGGCUUCAGGCUAUCCAGCAUCGGUUACAGAUGAAGAAAGUAAAGAGAAGUACAUUCAAGACUACCAUGACAGAGAAGGCAUACUUCUUGACCCUGACAGAAUACAGGUCAACAAAACCAAAAGAAAUGUUUCGAAAUUGUACUUGAACUCCCUUUGGGGGAAGUUAGCGCAGAGAAGCAAUAUGCUAACAACUUCGAUCAUUAAAGACCCGGAAGAAUUUUUGGAAUUUGUUUUUUCGGACCAAUACGAAAUUUCACAUUUUUCAUUCUUGAGUCAAGACAUUGCCUUGGUGCAAUGGCGGCGCAACCCAAAGUGGGUUCUACCCCCAGGUAAUGUAAAUGUGUUUCUUGCAGCAUUUACCACAGCCUAUGCCCGACUUGAACUGUACACCCUCAUGGAACAGCUUCAGCGGCGGGUUCUUUACCACGACACAGACUCUGUGGUCUAUGUAAGCAAGCCGGGGGAUUGGAACCCCCCACUCAGCAACUAUCUUGGGGGUUUAACUAGUGAACUCGCCGAGGGUGACCAUAUCACAGAAUGGUCCUCAUGUGGGCCCAAAAGCUAUGCUUUUAGGACUAAAGACAAUCACGUGGUGUUGAAAGCCAAAGGCGUGACUCAAAACUACGAAAAUGCCCCGCGUGUAAACUUGGAAUCAAUCACGCGCUUGGUCGACGGGUUCGUAAAUGACAAGAAUAGUGACUUGGAGAUUUUGACCUCCUACAACAAAAUAGUGAGGGAUAAAAAGGGGUUCCAUCUAAGAAACGCCCCACUCACUAAAAGAUUCAGGGUAGUCUAUGACAAGAGACGGCUAUUGCCUGACGGUACCACAUUGCCCUUUGGCUACUGACUUAGGCUACAAGCCCCAGUGUGUCUUAAAGGUUAAGAUAUAAUGACGGCUGUCGAGGAUUUUGACCCCCGUUUAAAACUGCCCUUUUCGGCCUUAAUUGCAGGCCCAUCAAACAGUGGUAAAACUUUUUUUGUAAAAAGUAUUUUAGAGAAUUCUGAACAUGUGUUAUCUCAAAAGCCUGACAAUAUUGUAUGGUGUUAUUCCUGUUACCAACCUCUGUAUGAUGAAUUAUUGAAGACAAUAAAAAUCAAGUUUGUUGAAGGAA